AUGGGUAUAACACCGUCAAGAGAAAAAUUUAUAGCCUUAGAAGGAUACGCCCAAAAAAGCGUCGAAGAGCGAAAUACAAUACUAACAAACGCAGGAAUGGAAAUAACUCAAACGGACAAAGACUUAGCAGAAUUUUUAGGGGCAGAAGACGUAACCUUAGGUUGCUUUAUUAGAGGAAUACAAAAACGUCAACAACGAAAUGCUUGA